AAUCAACCUGCAAUGAUGAUCAGAAUCGCAGGAUGGUGUCCACUCCCUCUGAAUCUGAGACUCUGAGUCUCAGUCCACUCCUCCAGAGUUCUCAUGAUAAAGCCAAUACUGACAGAUCUGACAUGUGCGGCUUCCUGCCAAAGCUUGGGUCCUCCACGUCUAGCAGCAUUGUGAAUUUUGUGAUAGGAGUCAACAACCAGGCAUCAGCUUAUCGGGAGCUGCUGCUAGUUUUCAGACACAAGUGGACGCAAGCGACGCACCAAGAGUGCAGAAGGGCUGAGACGAAGGGGUCGGAGCUAAUGAUAGCACAGGUCAGGAGCAUUAAUAUAGAUUGCUAAUCACAGCGUGUGAAAACCUAGUUUUGAUCAGUGUGAGCUUUGUGCGGAUUUUGCUCAGUGGUCAGCUAGCUGCUUGCUUCUCUGCAGCUGAAGAAAGCAGGACAUGCGCAUCGAAGCCUGAAGAUCGAGGAAGAGAGGGCAAGCAUCAAAAGAAGGGAGACUGCAGAUGUUAGCCGCGGAAGCUGUGAGCAGCGCAGAGAAACCCUGCGAUUCUUCCGUUUACAGCUGCAGUUUGUGUAGGUCAACAAACGUACCUGGUUCUAGACUCUAUUAGCGGUUGUCAGAGAGUUCAUAAGCUAUUCUGGAAGAUUUGUGAGCUUUGCUUAGGUUCACAAACCCCACCACCCCUCUGUCGUCCUCAAAAGCCGGGCACAUUUUCUUCUGCUCAACCAACUUUUUUCCAAGGCGUUCUUUCAAUGUCAUUUGUAUCAACGACACCUCGAGAACAUUGGUCAAGCUGCUACAGGUCAAGAAUGUGAAAAGAGAUGCCAAGUGAAGUCUAGUUCCUAGUGAAUAAUUCAACAGGCACAAACUAACCCAUUGUGGCAGCCCCAAGUACCACGCUUAUGGCUAACCUGGCCAGCUUAACCCAGAUAAACGUGGUAGUAGCGGAGCGGCCCCCUUAUGCAUAUCCCAACGCUUCGGACCCUUAUGGCUGGUCGGGGAUGCUGGUCUCUCUGAUUCCGGUGCUGUUUCAAGCGGCGGGAAUCAAUGCAUCGCUCAACUUUUACGAGUCGCCAGACAACGGGGGAGGGACACUAAAGAAUGGCACGUGGAACGGUGUCACCGGAGAGCUCAUUGCCAAGCGCGCAGACAUUGCCGCUUUCCCUCUCGUACAAUCACCGGGCCGUCCCGACUACAUCGACAUGUCGUACUCGUACAACGAAGCGGGGCUAGGGAUUCUGGUGAAGAAACAGAUCUCUAGCAGCAGCGGCACUACGCUUUAUCUGAAGCCCUUCACCUCCGAUCUGUGGGCCGUUCUUAUAUGCACAGUCUUGGGGAUGGGCUUCGCUCUGUAUCUCCUAUCCCUGGUCUCGCCGCUCGGGGGAUACGCUAUCAAGCGCAUGCGUAACGUGACGGCUGGUACGGAGGAGCAGCGUUACGUUAUCGAAGACAUGUUGGACUCUUUCCUCAUUGACGUCCUCAUGGCCGCUGUGAACAACGCCUGGGAGCCACGUGGCAAGUCCUGGUCCAUUCGAUUGCCGUUCGUUGCCUACAUCUUCUUCAUGCUCAUCAUCAUCUCUAGUUACACCGCCAACUUCGCUUCCUACCUGACCGUUAACCAGUUCAGCACCGUGGUUAGCAGCCUCCAGGACCUCAAGAAGGGCGGCCUCAAUUUCACGAUCAACGCGGGGGGGGCGACGUACACCUACUUCACUCAGAGCCUGGCCCCCACGAUCCUGACGCUCCAACCCAAGCUCUCCACCGUCGACGCCACCUUUCCGGGCCUGGAUUCCGUCCGUUCCGGUGCCGCUUCCGCUUACAUCGGCGAGUCCCCGACGCUGCGUUACUUCGCGGGAAUGGAGCCUUGCGACCUGGCCGUUGUGGGGCAGCCUUUUGGCCCGUCGGUCUAUACCCUCGGCCUGCAGUUCAACUCUCCUUACACGCCACGAAUCAAUGAGGCCAUGCUGACACUCAAGGGGAACGGCUAUUUGGACCGACUCCAAAGGAUAUGGAUCCAGGACGCCAACGUAUGUGGUGGCAACUCUGCAAGCGACACGAUCGGGGCGCUGAGCAUCAGCGACUUCUCCGGCCUGUGGUACCUCUUGCUGGUCGCCAUCGCGUUCGGUUUUGUCUGGGCGGGGCUCGAGCGGUACGUACUUUUCCUCCUCACCCGGUACCCUUCACUUAGGGACCGGUUGGCCGCGUGGAAGGCGGCCGCGGCGCGCCACGGAAAGAACUUCGAAAUGACCCGGGUGUUCUCGCACGUGUUUUCCCGGUCGGUAUCCAUACUCGUACGGAGUAAGUCCGAGAUCGCGGCCGCGACGCCGACGGGGCGCGCGCGCGCGCCUGCGAGCGCCGAGGAGGAGAGGUCGACGGAAAGGGCGGCGCGGCUUGCGGUGGAGAAUUACGAUCGGGAAAAGGCGGAGCGCGCCGCACAGAAAGUAGGGCGGUUGUGGUAAUCCUAGAACUUAGGUUGCAGGAAGGUCAAUAAAAGGUUUUCGUGAUUCAGGAAGGUUCAAAGGGUUGGAGUUUUAAGGGGACUAAAAAGGACGGCGAGGGCUGCCGGCUGGCGGUCUCGAUAGAUUCCUCAUUGCUCGCAGGUAAUCAGCGUCAGAUAUAGCAAGAGUCUGGCCGUAUAUAUUUCGGCAUAAUGGUGGGAGGUUUGGUUCGUGACGAGUCGGAUUAACCUUCUCGAUCCGGGCCUUCCUUACUUCGGUUGAAGGGCAUUGGAAUGGGCUCUCUGUCCCCGCGACGGUAGUCCGAAACGUCCUGAUGGUGUUGACCCAAUUAGUCAGUAAAAUGUGUCAGUAGACUUUGUCAAUUACUGACUUUACUAGUCAAACAUAUAGCGUGCAGAAUGGGGGCUUCUCCUACGGUCGAGGUUGGGUAGAGUGCUCGGAAGCCAAUGCCCGCACGGUGCGAAGGUCGUCAAACCGGUAUCAGACAAAAGGAACCUACAAAUCUGCGUUUCAAGUUCAUUUCAUAAUUCGGUGUCGUCAUAAAGGAUUGAUAUCGAUUUGGCUACCACCUUGGACAUUAGUAUGCCAAUCAAGUCCCCUUGAAAUUGUAUAUUAGCG